AUGAGCGACGGUCGUUCUGUGUCGCUUCAAUCCUCAGUGGGAACUACCUCUGUGGAGGAACUGUCCGAGAAAUAUCAAAAACUCGUUCAAGAAUACUCAAAGAUAAAGGCGCAGCAAACAGUCCUCAAAAAGGCGGUUAUCAAGGAGCAAGCCGCUAGUGCCUCACUGCACGAGGAAGUAAAAGCAAAAGAACAAGAAUUACGGACGUCAUUACAACAGCUUGAUCUCUUAACGUUUCACAACCAACGUCUCACAAAACGUAUUGAAAGUCUUCAGGAGGCAGGAAACACUCGUUUGGCUCCUGGAUGGCUGUUGGGUUCUGCUAAAAAAGAACUUGAAAGAUCUAAAUCUACACUUGAGGCCACAACUAUUGAGUUAGAAAGAAAAAUUGCUGAGAAUGAGAGAUUACAUGAAGAAUUGUCCGAAGUCAAAGGUCUCUAUACACAACACAAACAAGUGCUGCAAACAAAAUUAUCAGAUCUAGAGAAGAGAAAUGAAGAGCUAAAGGUGGAAUUAACGAGAUCACAACACGCAGGUGAAGAGGCAGUAGAAAUAAUUAAAAAUGAGAAACAACGCAUCGAAUUAGAAUUGGAGCAAACGCGAGCCGAACUUCGAAAAACAAAAGCCCUUUUAGAUGAAAGUGAGCUUAAAAUGAAAGAUGAGGAAGAUUUAUUGAGAGCUGAAGUAUCUACUUUACAAGAAACUCUAUCGAUUAAUCUUGGAUUAUUCGAAGAUUCGGAUAAAUUUAAUACAUUAUAUAACAAAAUCGAUUCAGAAGCCAAUGAAAUUAUUGCAAGCUUUAAACAAUUGCAAUCUAGUGCACAAGAAUAUAUGAAAGCAAUCAGAGAAAAUUCACACUCGUCACAUUCACUUGGGACACAAAUGAAAAAUGCCAGUCAAAAAUGGCACAAAAAUCUCCAAAGAUUAACGGCUAAAUUGGCUUCUUUUCAAAGCCGAAUAUCCGAGCUUACAUUAGAAAAAGAUAAAUUAGCAAAAGAGAAUGAAAAUAACGUGCGAAAAAUAGCCACUCUAGAAACAGAAAUCGCCAAAUUAAAAGAGGAAUUUGCGAAAUAUCAUUCGAAUGUCACUACCAAAGAAGAAACGGAGAGUGCCAAAAUUGAAGCAAAAAACCCCAGUCCCGAAAUCGAUGGAACAUCGGCAACAGAAGAAAAUCAUAUACUUGAGGAAAACUUUAAACUUUUAGAAAAAGAAAAUAUCAUCGAGAAUAAAACAUCAGAAGUCCAAAGUCACGUAGAGAAUAUUUUGCAUGUUAAUGGCAUUAAUCACGAAGAGACUUUGACAAAAGAUGAAAAGACCGUUUCCCAAGAGGAAACACAAAAUCAGACCAUAUCGAAUCAUGAUUCUGAUACAAAUGUAGAUGAUAAUGAAGAGGAUGUUGAUAUAGCUGCAGAGAUUGCUGCUGCACAUCUAAAAGCCUCUAAACCGGAUACAGUAGAUGAAAAAGCGCCUGAAAACAACACUUUUGUUUAUAAGCCAAUUAACGAGACACAAAUAUCUCAAGAUCAAAGUCCUUUGCUUGAAACGACUCGAGAAAUAAAAUCUUCAGAAUCUUCCAUGCCGCCCCCAAAUACACGAUUAUUUAAUUCUGAAAGAGGCAAAGACAAGUCUAUUGAUAUGCUGCAUGAUACUGAGCGUGUGGCUAUCUCAGGUGAUGCCAAACGUGAAUUGCUAAUAAAGAAACAUUACGAAUCCAAAAUUCAACAAUUGACAGAAAAGGUUGAUAGUAAAUCGGUUAAAUUUCAUGAUGCUUUGAAAGUGAUGCAAGCCAAGUUGAAAGAGUCAGAAAAUGAGAAGGAAAACUUACGACAAGAUAUUACUAGGCUUCAAGAUGAAAAAGCUAGAUUGAAGAUUGAGCUCGAUGAAGAAAAAGAAAGCCAUCGAAAAAACGUAGAAUCGAUGACAGAAUUUAUCAAUAAUAAUAUGCAAGAAAAUUAUGAAUACCCAAGUGGAUCUGGAAUGUAA